CUUUUUCCUGUUCAGAGCUCAAAGUUCAGACGGACAGAGACGACCCACAGACGCCACAAACAACAAGAAGAAGAAUUCAUCUCUAGAAGGUCAAUUUCACAACUUAAAACCACAGAAGAAGACUUGACACAUUUGCAGGACUUGUGCGAGUAAAUAUCUGUCUCUAAUAACAGAUGGAUUGUACCUGAGGACGAGGCGCUCGUAUAGACUGACUGAUCGACGGACUGCCGGCCAUCUUGAAGAGACGGACAGCUCCAGCAGGUGGCCCUCCUGAUUGCUCCUCACGCCCCGGCUGCAGCGCCUCCUGCUGGGCAGCAUGGAGCAUGCAGCAGGCCGGCUGCCUCUCCAGGUGCUGGGAGAGAACGAGGCGCUGCAGCAGUUCUUCAGUGGUCAGGAUGUGAGAGGUGUGUUGGACAGCUCUGUCACUGUGGAUACGAGCAUCCUGGAGCAGUACCUCAGUAAUGACAUGGAUCCCAGCAGCUUCAUGCUCCCUGAGUCUCCUCCAGACUCGAGCUCGGAGGCCUGUUCACCUGCACAGAUACCAGACUUCCACUACGAGGCGUCCUAUUGGUCCAACCUGCAGACCAUCCAGCCAACACAACGGCCCGCCCCCUCGACGUCCUGCCGCUUUAAGGACCGAGACCCCGCCCCAGCCCCCCAUGAGCUGCUGACCCACGAUCAGCUCCACACUUUGGGCCUCACAAACACUUACAUCAAGUCUGGGACCUCACCUGCUCCACUGCACCAGCACACACACCGCUCACCUGAACACACACACUACGUGAGUCCAGAGAGCUGCCCGCAGGGUUACACCCCUCCCACACCACCUUCCCCGCCAAUGCCCCCCUCCAACAGCUAUGCCACGCCCUGCGCCGGUCCGGGCCUGGUCCCAAAUUUAACCACGCCACCUUCAACCUACCUGCUGGAGUCCACCGCAGCGCUGCACACCUGCUCCUCAGAGAGUAAAAAAAGAAGAAGAUCUGAGUCCGAGGAACCGUCGGCAGGAAUCGAGGCCACCUGCAGUGAAGGUGAUGGGACUCAAGGUGGCAGUGUAGGGAACGGCGUCAGCAGUUCAGGAUCCUACCAACUUCUCACAUGGGAACACUACAGGCUGGAGGAUUGGAUCCCUUUUUACGACGGCAGCUACCAGACAAUGUCUCCUCCUGCCUACCACGUCGACACAGAUAAAGGGUUCAACUACUCUGCAGCUGACGAGGCCUUCAUCUGCCAGAAGAAGAACCACUUCCAGGUCACUGUUCACAUCGGCGUGGCCGCUGAGCCAAAAUACGUCAGAACACCUGGCGGGCCGCAGCAGGUCGACCACUUCCAGAUAAAAGUGUUUGGGGUCAAGCUUGAAUCUCCGAGCCACCAGGUGACCAUUGAGCAAUCUCAACCCGACCGCAGCAAGAAGCCCUUCCACCCUGUCAGGGUCAGUUUGCCCAGCAGCAAAAUCACGAAGGUAACGCUCGGCCGACUGCACUUCAGCGAGACGACGUCCAACAACAUGAGGAAGAAAAGCAAACCCAACCCCGACCAGAGAUAUUUUCAGAUGGUGGUCGGCCUGUACGCUGCAGUGGGAGGAGAGGAGACAUUCCUCCUCACAGCUCUGGCGUCGGAGAGAAUCAUUGUCAGGGCCUCUAACCCGGGUCAGUUCGAGAUGGACGGGGAUGCCCUUUGGCAGCGUGGGGCGGAGAAGGACGCCAUGGUCUGUCAGGGCCGCGUGGGCAUCAACACCGACUCCCCCGAUGAGGCGCUGGUCGUCUGCGGCAAUGCCAAGGUGAUGGGCGCCAUCAUGCAGCCGUCCGACCGCCGCGCCAAGGAAAACAUACAGGAGGUCGACUCUGAGCAGCAGCUGAAGAGAAUCACUCAGAUGAGAAUAGUUGAGUUUGAUUUUAAACCAGAGUUUGCCUCCACCAUGGGGAUAGACCACACCCACCAGACAGGUAUAAUAGCUCAGGAGGUGAAGGAGCUGCUGCCAUCGGCGGUGACGGAGGUCGGAGACGUUUCCUGUUCUGACGGAGAGAAGAUUCACAACUUCCUGAUGGUGGACAAAGAGCAGAUCUUCAUGGAGAACGUGGGGGCGGUGCAGCAGCUUUCGAAGCUCACAGACAACCUGGAGACUCGGAUCCAAGAGCUGGAGGUCUGGAACCGCCGACUGGCAAAGCUGAAGAGCCUGACAGGAAGCCUGCGCUCCACCGGGAAAGCCAGGAAACACAGCAGUGUGUCGAUUACGCCAAGUACGGACACUGGGAAUAAGACCAAGACUGGGAACGCUAAGAAACCAGGCUGGAGUCAGAAGUACAGCCACUUCAUAAAGCGUCAUAAAGUCCUCAUGGCCAGCAUCUUUACCCUGAUGACCACCAUGGCUUUGUGUUUCAUCUCUAUCACAGCUCUGUUCUUUCUAAAUUUGAGGGAUGGAGACAUUGAGCAGAACAGCAGUGUGGUUCCUCUGCAGACCACAGCCUGGAGCAGCACAGUCCCACCCACCAGUCCACAUGGCCCCUGGCCCCCAGACGUGGACUUCUGUGACCUGCUGUACUGUGAACGGGUGUACUGCUGUGAACCACCUGCAGGGGGCAGCACUGACUCCAACAUCACCUCCACCAAAUCAGCCGGAGAAGAAGCGUCUGAUCUGACAGAAAUGGGAAAAGAAAAACUUUAUAACAAGCUGAAAAAUGCCAGAGACUGGACGAACACCACCAUCCAUUAUUUCAUGAUCAAAGAGAACCAGCGGGUGAUUGACAGUAAAUACUGCCUGAGAGGCGAAUGUGGACCAGGUAGAUACACCUACAGAGUUCCCAUCAGCCAGUUUGUCCCAGUCAACAUGAGAGUCACGCUGCUCAUGAAUUCCACAGAGCUGCUGGUGGUUCAUCUGUGUGGCCUCGAUGAGUCGGCCUCCUGCUCUGCUCUGCUGGAUAUGAACACUGUCACUGGGAGCAGAUACCCACCAAACACACAGGGAGAACAUGAAUGGGCGCUUCACGUCGCUCGUCUUUAUCACAGCUCGUAUCACUUUCGCUCUACAGUGGCUGGUCAAGCUGACUGCAGUACUGACCAUCACUACGCGGGGGCGCUCUUCACCGACUACCACUUCUACUUCUAUAGACGCUGCACAGACACACAUUUAAAGACAAAUAACAAAAGAAUAUUAAUAUAUUAAGUGCAAUUAUAUUAAAUAUUUGUUGGUCUCACACAAAGAAGACAAUCUGAGUAAAGUAAGCAGACUGUCAUCGCUUCUGCUUUUGGGUUUUUUUAAGCUGCAAAUUCAAUUUUAUUGUCAUACUCAUCACUUUUGCUGAUUGUUCCGGGAAAUUGCAAAAAAAAGAGAUACAGUGGACUUUUUUCGGAUCAGAUAAUCACAAUAUCUCCUUUAAUGUUCUUCUAUUUACUAUCUUUAUUGUCAUUUCUUUCCCUCUUUCUGAGAAAGUGUUUAGCUUGUAGUGAUGCAGACCAACACAAGAACAACAGAUAUGUACAGAUAUCUGUCAAUGGCUUUAUUUUCUCGAAUUACCUUUAUUUUUCUGGCUUUUCUCAAAUCUUUGGCUUUUUUGUGACAUACUGUGGAGUUUAACCUUGUUUAGGCCUGUAAAAACAGAAAGAGGAAAUAUGAGUAUAGUAUACAGUUGACCUAUGCAAACUGUGACGAGGCAUUGCUCAGUUUGAAAAGUGCCUGGAAUGAAUUAGUUUGCUGUUUUGUGUUUUAGUUAUUUUUAUUGAUGAAGUUUAUUUGCUGUAAAGUACUGAUCUCAUUCUGAUGGAACAGGAUUCACACCUAUGUGGAAGAAAUUUGGGAUUAUUUUCAAAAUCCCAAGCAAAGUUUGAUUUUUGAGCAAGAAUUCUGAGAAAAAAGCCGGAAUGUUGAUAUCAGAAAUUUUGUUGUUCGCACUUCAACUGUUAUUUGUAAUUUAGUCUCAAACAACAAAACCCUGAGAAAGAUAUUCUUCUAAAUUUAGGAGUUUAAUUUUUUUUACUUUGGUCGAAAAGCAGUAAUUACAAGAUGGUAAAGUUAUUUGUUAAAAGUAAAAAUAUAUAUGUAGUUUCAGUGAUUUGUGUGAAAUUGUUUAUUAAUUAAAGAAUUAAUCUUUUCUAUCAGUUGAACUGAACAUGACUGAAUCCUGAAUGCUCUGCAUUAUGGGAAAUUAAAACUAAUAAACAGUGAGGUAUAUUAAAAAAAUGUCAUUGCAUCUAUUUUAACUAUAAAUCUACAAUGUAGGAUCUGGAAUGUAAAACAUGUCGCCAGUUAUGAGGACUUUCAUUGACUAAAUUCACCCCGCAGCCUUUUAUAGUGACCUUAAUUUGAACCUAAAUCUAAAUCAAAGUGAACACUCAAAACUGUGAGGACGCACACUUUGGUCCCCAGAAAUGCAGGUUAGUCCCCACAAUGCUGUGUGAUGUCUUAGGUCCCCACAGUGUACAAUAGGUGAAUAUGUGGGUUUUAUUGACCUCUUUACUUUUUGUAGUGUUUUUAACAUCCAUAUUGGCAGGGGUGGAAGAUGUUCUGUCAAAAUACUUAACAGUAAAAGUUUAAAAUGCAGUGCAUCUACACCAGGAGUGGAUACCGUAACAAAAUAAAUA